AUGCUUUCUCGUACUCCAAAGGCUAUCGUUUUUUAUCAGGAUAUCAAAUUACUUAACCUGCUUAUUGAUCUGCGCACGCCCGAAAUUGGCCAUGAUUUUACCAUUAACAACACUUGCGAUAGCGAUAAGUCUCAUUUUCUAGGGCAGCUGUUAGAGCAAUUGCGAACAGUGCAGAAAUCCAUGUAGCGAAUCAUGUUUUCACACGGUUAUACUUCUUUAAUUGAGUGUGAUUCUUAUAUCAGGCGAUAUUACCAGUAUUCUACAGGAAUGACCUCUACUAUGUCGUGCCCCUACUUCUAUAAAAAGUCACUUCACGAAUGUAAACUAUGGGCCUUAAAAACAUGUACUGGUAUAUCUCCUCAUGAACGUCAGUGGUUACAAAAUUCUCCGCGUAGUUCUCGCCAAAAACGGGAUCUUCCCUGGGCUUGUGGAGCUGGAUUAUUAGGUUUGCCAAAAUUGUUCUAUACCAAAGUUUUAGGAGGAUCCUGUGACCCUCGAGUUGAUGUUUUCGGGUUAAUGCAAAUUUUUAUAAAAUUUCUAGGAGCCCAAAAAUCAUUGGAACAGAUGGUCAAAACUGUUAACGGCAAAACAGUUUACCUCGCAAAAAUAACAGACAAAUUGGUUACCAAGGUUAAUAACCUGCAAUCGUCCAUUCGUACGCUUGAUUCUACAUUCCUAGAAUGGAAGACAAAAAUACAAGCCUUUGCCACCCACGAAAACUGUCACCACAAUAACUAUAUGGAAUUUCUGUCAAAAUUUUCCUUAGAAAUAGCUAGAACCUUCUCAACACAGCUCCGUUUCACCGAAAUAAAUGAUAUCCUGUAUCAAGCACACAAGCUUCAUAACAAGCAACUUGUCAGUUUUGCCGAUCUUCCUUCGUUUUUGACCAAAAGCAUACAACACCAACUUCAUUCACUGCCCUCACUACAACAUACAGUCUCUGCAUUGGAGGCUGGUUACCCAAUUUUGUUGCAACCGUUUGUCGAUUAA